AUGGAAUCCACGGAAUCCCUCGAUGCCGUGGUGGACUUUCCACUGGACAUUGACUGUGCAUUGUCUGAAUUGUUUCGAAAUGACCCUGAAAAUGAACCGCAGGGCGAACCCCCAGCUGAGGCAGACGGUAGACGACGUUCGACGGAAUCCAAUGAUUCUGUGGCUCCCGUUAGCCAGGAUGGCUAUAGCUUCAAGAAAUGGAUGAGGAGUGUCCGUAAUAACGGAACUGAUGUACAGAUCCCUCGAAACUUUGUCCUAAACUGGCCUAACGGGAAUACGGAGGAGCAAAGCUAUAUCAAAUAUCCUGACAACGAGCCAGAUUGCCCCCCAGAUGAGGGUUCUGACUGCUCGUCUGGCCUUAUAAACAACAUAGAAACUGCAAGUUUUAGCCAGGCAACAUUGAGUGUAGCCAACGGAGCACGUACAAACACGGUGACUAGUACUAUGUAUAGCACCAGCGUGUUCUCUAGUUCCGAAGCAGCAAGAGCAUCUCUUGAGAGCAACCGGUUGACUAGAUCAGUCUCUUGCGAUGAGGCUGCUUGGAACCGCGCUGUCCAGAGACGUCAGAUUCUUCAAGAAUUGCUAGGCACUGAAGCCGUCUAUGUGUCUGGAUUACGAGCCCUAGGAGAUACUGGACUGGGACGAUGCGUGGGAACAUUGCUGAGGUUGCACAGCACAUUUCUUGACGCACUUCGAGCUGCCAUCCCACGUGUUCCCACCGCUGCCUUUGCGGCAUCUAUGAAAUGGAUGGCAAAGAAGAAAACAUCGAAAAAGUCUAGCACUGACGUCCAUCGCAAAUCAGUGACCAGUCGGAGGAUGCGUGAAUCUGUCGAGCACCGGAUUAAGUCGUGCAAGAACAUUGCUGCAGAACCUAACGAAGUACAGAAGGUAGCUGAAAUUUUGAUGUCGAAGCUCCCAAAGUUCAAGGUUUACGAGGAGUAUGGCAUCAAGUACCCUUUGGUGUUGCAGGAAGUUGAGAAGCUCCGGAAAACCGUUGACUUUGAGGUCUGGGAUAAUGGUACUGAAGCACUUUCUCGAUCAUUGGCGCCCAUAGAGUGCAAGGAGCUGAGCCCGAAUCAAGCACUUACCAUCGGUGACCUGCUUGCCAAGCCAAUUCAAAGGGUGUGCAAGUACCAAUUGUUUUUGUCAGAUUUACUGAAAUGCACGCCAUCCUCCGAUUGUCCGGCAGCUCACGAAGCUCUUGAGAAGGUUUAUCAAUGCAUGAUUGAUACAGUCCAGGAGAUCAAUCGAGCAACUGGGGACCCUGUAGCCAAGGAUCGCCUGGCAAAGACGUUACUCCUUCGUAACCAGCUUGACUUCACAGGUUUUGGCCGAGAGAGGGAUAUUCUUCGUGAUUUUGGUCCUCUCAAAGUCUGCGGUGUUCUGCAUAUUACAUACGAGACUACGGAGUCUAUUGUAGGGGAGUAUAUGGCUUGCGCUCUCUUUGCUUCACAUAUCAUCCUAGCUGUUCCUCGAGCCGAAACUCGUAAAUUCGGCGUACUGGCCAUUAUCGCUACAACCCGGGCAAAGGUCGAGAACGUUAAUGAGAAACCAGGCUUGCAAUGUACGAGAACACCUCAUUCCUGGAAGCUGCUAUAUGUUGCCAGCGGCGAUACCUUUGAGCUCGUCAUGACCGCGUGCUCUCCCAAGGAGGCUGAUCAGUGGAAGGACCAGCUCCUGCUGAACAUAGCCCCGGAAAUCACGGUGGACACCCCUAGGAUUGGAACGAGAGUUAUGUUCCCAAUUAAAAGACGGCCCGUGAUAACGAUCAACGAAACCGGUAAUAUGGUUCAGCCCAUCUGCAGACUAGUCCGUAUCAAAGGGACAGAGGCCGCCCCGCGGCGGGAUCCCACCCCGAGCGUGUCACCGUCACGGCCCCAAACCCUCCUGAUGACCCCAAUGGAAACCUUAACUCCGAAUCGUCAGGCCAGAGUGCGCAUGGAGAGGUGGCUAUCUGAUAUUUGGACUUGUGAUAUCAUCCCAUACCCAGGAAUGCCAGGCCGCGGUGGACAGUUCAUCCGAGCUCAGGCUGGCUCGUUCUUUCGGAGCCUCAGUAGCCGCCGCCCAUUCUCCCGCCGUGGAAGCAGCAUCGCAUCUGCUACGACCCAGUCAAUUGCCUCUAAUUCAAAGAGCGGUGCUGCUGAGGAGACGAACACGACAGCACCCACCAGUCCUAUCUCCAAGCAUAGCACUCGGGAGUUCGAUGAAACAAUUGACGCGAAUGUACAAUCGAGAAGCUCUUCACCAGGAUGCACAGCCUUGCCACAGAUCAAGUCUGAUGCUGAUGAGAUGGUGCAGCACGAAGCUCUCGAGAAACGUGCCAAAUACAAGGAGAGGACCAAGAUGGACAAACGUACCAGAUGGGGUGUCUCGAUUUUUACAGCUCCCGGCCGCUCUCGUCGUAACAGACUAGUUGAAGUGUAA